CCUUGAAAUAAUUAAUUAUCUUGUUAUAAGGAAUUGUUAAUCUUAAUUAGAUUUUGAAUAUGGCUUUAAGUUUAACCGACCCUAAUUCAUUUUCUCGUCCAGAUUUGGCAGUUAUUAAUCAUAUACAUAUAAAUGCAAAAAUUAAUUUUAAAAGGAAAAUAUUUCAAGGAAGUGUUAUACUCGAUAUCGAACAAAAAGAACAAACAGAUAUUUUGAUUUUAGAUGUGCAAGACCUAGUUUUGUUAUCAAUUAUAAAUGUAAUUGACAAAUCUAGACUUGAUUACUGUGUAGAAAAAGGUGUUGACUAUGGAUCAAAACUUAGUAUUAAAUUACCAACUACACCUAUUAUAGAUUGUGGCAAAAUAAAAUACAAAAUUAAAAUUGAUUACCGCACAUCACAAGAAUCAACUGCACUGCAAUGGCUUUCACCUGAACAAACUUCAGGUGGAAAAUAUCCAUAUGUAUUUUCUCAAAAUCAGGCAGUUCAUGCAAGAUCUAUGUUGCCAUGUCAAGAUACACCAUAUGUUAAAUUUACUUAUUCAGCUGAGAUAAUUGCUGCAGCAGAAUUAAAUGUUUUAAUGUCAGCAAUAAAAGAUGACAUAGAAAACAUAAAUAAUGCAACAAAAGUACAUAAAUUCCAUCAACCAAUACCCAUUCCGUCUUAUUUAAUAGCAAUAGCUGUUGGUGCUAUAGUUUGUAAGCAAAUAGGUCCACGUACAAAAGUAUGGACUGAACAAGAAUUACUUGAUAAAAGUGCAUAUGAAUUUGAAGAAACUGAAAUUAUGCUAAAAACAGCAGAAGAAAUCUGUGGUCCAUAUGUUUGGGGUCCAUAUGAUUUAUUAAUACUUCCUCCAAGUUUUCCAUUUGGAGGGAUGGAAAAUCCAUGCCUUACAUUUGUCACUCCAACUUUACUGGCUGGUGAUCAAUCUUUAGCCAAUGUAGUCGCUCAUGAAAUAGCUCAUAGUUGGACUGGCAAUUUAGUAACUAAUGCAAAUUUUGAACAUAUUUGGUUAAAUGAAGGUUUUACAGUAUUUAUUGAAAGAAAAAUAGCUGGAAGAAUGUAUGGGUGGAAAGUGAGACAUUUUAAUGCAUUAAUGGGACUUCAACAAUUAAAAAACGAAAUCAAUAUCCUUGGAAAUACAAAUCCUCUUACAAAUCUUGUAAUUAAUUUAACUAACAUUGAUCCAGAUAAUGCAAUUGGAUCUAUACCUUAUGAAAAGGGUCACACUUUUUUAUUUUAUUUGGAAGAAUUACUUGGAGGACCUGAAGUAUUUGAACCCUUUUUACAAAAUUAUUUAAAUACAUUUAAAUAUAAAAGCCUAAAUACAAUGCAAUGGAAAGAUUAUUUAUACAAGUAUUUUUCAAAAAAAACUGACAUUUUAAACACAGUAAAUUGGGCUGCUUGGUUUAAUGAACCUGGUGAACCACCAGUAAUUCCAAAAUAUGAUACUACAUUAACCAAUGAAUACAUGGCCUUAGUUAGUAAAUGGAUUACAGGUGAUAGAAUUGCAUCAUUUAGCAAAAAUGACAUAGAUAACUGGACAUCCAAUCAAAAAAUUGCUUUCUUAACUGAGUUAGUUUUAAGCAACAAAACACUAUCAAUUGAACAAAUGAUAUUAAUGAAUAAACUCUAUAAUUUUGACAAUUUGCAAAAUUCAGAAAUACGAUUUCAAUGGUUACGACUAAGCUUAAAAUCUAGAUGGAAACCCAAGGUAUCCACAGCCUUAGAAUUUGCUACAUCUCAAGGUAGAUUGAAAUUUGUACGUCCACUAUUUCGAGAUGUAUAUGCUUGGAAAGAAAUGCGUCAACAGGCAAUCGAUACUUAUUUGGCACAUAAAGAUAAAAUGAUGUAUGUUGCACGUGAAAUGGUAGCAAAAGAUUUACACUUAGUAACUCAAAAUAAUAGGGACUAAAUUUAUUUAAAAUAAUUAAUAUAAAUUGGAUAGUUUAAAAUUAUAGUAGUAAAUAGCUUCUACCUAACUGUAGAAAAUAAUACUUAUUUUCAUUGUAUUAGUUAUAUUGUGAAAUUAU